AUGGCAGAAGAAAUUGUCAGAGACGAAACUGCCUCAGAUUCGACAAACAUAAGAUUUAGUGUGCCAACCGAUGGUGUGCGUGACUCUAUAGCCACUUCGGGAAUACGCGAUUCAUAUCUAAGUUACUCAACUGGUGUACCAGAAAGCGUCGCGACAGACGAUGACCCCACCAGGCCUUUGGAAGGAAACGAAAAAGAUGCCAAAAAAAGAAAUCCCGCAAAAUGGUAUAAACGAAAGAGUUUCUGGACAUUUUGCGGAAUCACCACCAUCAUUCUCACAAUCAUUUUAGUCCCGGUUAUUAUAUUUGGCGUCUUCCCUAAAGUAGCACAAAGCUCAAUUAACAAAUCCCAGAUUACGUACAGCCGAAUAAUCAUCUCUGACCCAAUCACCGACAGUAGUUUCAAAAUAUCGAUCCAAGGUUCAUUAAGCGGCGGUGGCAGUUUCGAUGCUGAUGCUAGUUUUAUUGAUCCCGUACAAGUUUAUUGGGAUGAUACCUUGUUGGGCGAACUUCCAUUAGAACCGCUCAAACUCAGGGAUGGACAAGCGAAUGUUACUGUAGACGAUACAUUCACGAUCAAAGAUGCAGCAAAAUUUGCAGAAUUUACAACGUAUCAAUUGACCGCCGAGACCUUUACUUGGAAUAUACAAGGAAAAGUUAAAAUCAAGGCAUUGGGCAUUACAAAAAGUGGGCUGACUUUAAACAAAAAUGUCGUUAUUCAAGGCGGCAAUGGCUUUACGAACACGAGAAUUACGAACAUAAGCCUACCGGAUAAUUUCAACGGCGCAAAUUUUUCAUUGAAAUAUUCCGGAACUCUAUACAAUCCGUCACCCAUUGGCAUCCAUAUAGGUCACACCGUCUUUAACAUCUUCUUUGGAGGUUCCUUUAUAGGACCUGCUGAAGUUGCAGAUCUAGUUAUGGUGCCAGGAAACAAUUCUCUCGAAAUGACAGGUUUUGUAAACCCGAGCUCAUCCCCGACCAGCUUUGCUGGAUUGGCACUGUUCAUUGCCAAAGUCGCCCAAGGCCAGGAAUUAAAAGUCUUGGCCCAAGGUGUCUCUGCAGAUACGGCAGGAAAGACCGUUUCGUGGGUAAACAAUGCAGUCCGCUCAAUGUCACUGACUCCAACUGUCAGCACGGCUCCAUUUCCAUUACCGCCAAUUUUAAAAAGUAAUAUGAAUCUCCUUUCUGAAUCGACUACAGCACUCCACACUGAUGACUCAGUUUCUGACUAUCAACUCCCUUUUACAGCGAGAAAACGUUCCCUGGCUCAGCGUGAUCUAUCAUUUACUGAUGUUCUUGCAGUAAUAGAAAAAAAUCUUCCUCCCUUAAACCCUACUGUUGCGGAUGUUAUCGAUGCCCUACAAAAAGCUGAUAUUUUCAAGAACGGCGGAUCAAUUCUAGAUGUUCUUGUUUCCCUGGCAAACCCCCUCGUUCAAGCGCUUAUCGACGGUAGUAAACUCAGUGUAAAAUCCUCGGAUAUCGCAAACAUUACAGCAGAUUCGUUUACGGCUCAUCUUGUCGGCUCAAUUACUGGUACUGGACCACUUCCUGCAACAAUCUCUUUUCCAUCCGGAGUCACGGUCAAAUUCCAAAACGCAACACUCGGUCAACUACUUCUUCCACCGGUUAGCACUCAGCCCGACGUGGGUGCCACGAUCGAUCAAGACGCACAAUUCAAAAUUACUGAUGUCGAAGCAUUCACACAAUUUUCUGGAUUCAUGUUGAAAAGCGAGCAAUUCACUUGGGAUUUGUCUGCUGAUGACGUUGUCGUUGAGGCUUUCAUAUUCAAAUUCACCCCUCUUAAGAUAAAUAAGAGCAUUACUCUCAGAGGUUUCGACGGUCUCAAAAAUGUCAAGAUCAAGAAAUUUGCCGUGUUGGGUCCAGCAAAGAGUGGCAAACCAGGAGUAGAAGUCGCACUUGUGAACGCAAUCCCAGACGUUGCCGAUAUUGGUAUCAAAAUGGGCGCUGCUACCUUCGAUAUAUUAUCUUCGGGCGUGCCCAUUGGAACGGCGUCUGCAUCAGAUCUCUCACUUGCCGCACAAUCGGUAGCCACCGUGUCAAUGUCUGGCGAAAUUCUGGGAACGGACGAGGACAAAGCAUUGAUCGGACCAAUGUUCAGCCUUUUCCUCGCAGGAAAGCCUAUUCCAAUGGUUGUCAAAGGAAACACAGUUAGCCCACCUGGUUCUAGUGGACCUGUGCCGUGGUUGGAAAUUCCCUUCAAACAACUUGCGCUGGAUCUAGUAUUACAAGUCCCGCCGUCCAAGCUAAUCGACCAAGUUGAAGUAGUGCUUUCGGCUGCUACCUUGCUUACUGGAAAGGCAGAAGCGAAAUUUACCAUGACCAAUCCUGUCGGUGCCGACUUUACUAUCCAGACUCUUGAUUCCGAAGCCUUUUUCCUUGGCCAAAAAAUUGGAGUAGUACACCAGGAUUUCAGUAAAACGCCUAUUGUUGUUCCUGGUGGUGAAACCGCUACAUCUCCAGAGGUCGAAAUCACUAUCAUAUUUCCUACCGAUUUAAAUGUAUUACUUAAAAUGCUCUCGUCUGGCGGAAAUUUGAAAACUGAUGUCACACUCCAAACAGGCGCGCUUGUUGCUACACUCCCAGCUACCAUCACUUACCAACAAAAAGACGUUCCCACCAAGCUGACGGUUGAUCUAGAUUUCUUGAAAUCUAUAAAAAUCAAGGCAGUCACUCCCGACCAAAUUGACACUAUUGACAAUAUAAUCUCCGAGUUCGAUUCUACAAAACGCAGCUUAGCUAAGCGUGCUCUGACAGAACAGGAAAUUGUUUCGAUACUACAAAAGCCAGACAUUGCCAAAGAUCUUGCCUCCAUCAAUGAAGCCAUAUCAUCACUACAAAGUCUUAAUUUAUCACCGGAUGAGAUUAACACUUCCGGCGCUGGUGACUUAUUAAAGAAGUUAGUUCAGCUGUUUAUUAACAACAGUACGCUUAGUGUGUCUAGCUCAGCCAUCUCAAACAUUAAAGCACAGUCAUUCGUCGCACAUCUUAAUGGUGCAAUUAACGGUGCCGGACCAAUUCCCGCUGACAUAAGUUUUCCAUCCGGAGUCCAAGUAUCGUUUGGAGAUAACAAGCUUGGGAAUCUGCUUCUUCCAAAAAUUAGUGUUUCUAAUGGUGGGGCCAAAAUUGACGGAGACGUAGAUUUCAAGAUUACCGACAUCGAGCAAUUCACGAAAUUUUCUGGAGCCAUGUUGGCAAAUAAGGCCUUCACAUGGGGUUUACUUGCCAAGGAUGUUGUCGUCAGUAUCCCGCUAAUCGAUAUUACGGGACUUACACUAAACAAAAACAUCACCCUUAAAGGUUUCAAUGGUCUUAAAGAUAUCAAGCCCAAAGGCUUUAAAGUGACGGGUCCAUCCAAGCAAGGAGUAGGCGUAGCAUUAGAGAUCGUAAACACGAUCAACAAUCCUGCCGACAUCGGUAUCGAUCUUGGGAGUGUUACUUUCGAAGUGGUAUCCAACAAAAUUGUUUUUGGGGAUGCAAGUUCAUCAGGUGUCAAAUUUAGCCCACAAAAGCCUGUCGACGUAAAACUUGCCGCCGAAAUUCUACAAACUACAGAAAACGCGAAAUUUAUCGGACUACUGUUCUCGGCCUUUGUUGCUGGAAAGCCCAUUCCAAUAACUGCUGUAGGAAAGUCGGUCAGCCCACCUGGCGCUGGUGGACCCGUGCCGUGGCUGGAAGUACCGUUCAAACAGCUUGCAUUGAAUGAAACCUUACAAGCACCAGCCGCCAAUCUAGUUCAACAUAUUGACAUAACAAUGACUAGUUUGACAAGCGGGAAUGUGACAUUUACUGUAUUUAACAAUAUUGAUACAGAGAUUAGUAUGCUUGGUUUCGGCUCCACGUCGUUUUACAAAGGGAAAAAACUUGCAACCCUGAGCCAUAAUUUUACCACGCCUGUUGUUUUAGCGGCCCAGCAGAAUACUACCUUCCCUCCGAUUACCUUUACGCCUGAGGCUGGCGGCGAGAUACCACCAAUAGGCCAGGAAUUCCUAACUGAUGUUCAAAGUCUAAACGCAAUAGCUGUUGGUAAGCUUAUAACCGAAGUUGGUUAUGAACAGAAAAAUGUUCCAACACUCAUCACGACCCCAAAAUGA